UGUUUGUAUUCACUUGUUUUAGCUGUGUUCCCCUCCUUCUCCCUCCCUCCCUCCCUCCCAUCUCUCCUCUCCUCCUUCAAUUUCGUGGAUAAACCAAACCGCAUGCUCUCAUAGAUCCAAAUCGCUUCCAAUUACAAGUCUUGAUUUUAUGCAGUUUGUUUAGAGGGUUGAGAUAGAAUGGAGGAGGCGUGUGAUUAUCCGAAAUGGGACGAACUGAUACCGGAUGCACUUGGGCUGAUAUUCAAGAAACUGUCUCUUGUUGAGCUGCUGACUGUGGUGCCAAGAGUCUGUAAGUCUUGGGGAAAAGCGGUGUCUGGGCCGUAUUGUUGGCAAGAGAUAGACCUUGUUGAGUGGAGCAGGACUCAUGACCCAGAACAAGUUGAUCGGAUGAUUCAGUUGCUCGUUUCGAGAAGCUGUGGCUCGCUCAGGAAGCUCAGCGUCUCUGGUGUUUCCAGUGACCAAAGCAUUUCCUUCAUAGUUAAUCAUGCUCAAUCUCUAAAAGCGUUGCACCUGCCCGGAAGCCACAUGAACAAUUCAGUAAUUGAGAGGGCUGCCGCAAAGCUAUCAUGUCUGACUUCCCUCGAUUUGAGUUACUGCGGCAACAUAGGAGCUCAAGCCCUCGAAGCAGCCGGGAAGCACUGUAAAUCCCUCACCUUUUUGCGAAGGGUAAUGCAUCCGCUGGAGGUGAUCGACAAGCUUUCCCAAGACGAUGAAGCUCUUGCCAUCGCUGCCACAAUGCCAAAACUGAAGCAUCUUGAGAUUGCCUACUUGCUCGUAGAAACAUCAAGCGUAGUCAAGAUUAUCGAAAACUGCAAAGAGCUCGAGUUGCUGGAUAUACGAGGAUGCUGGCAGGUGAAGCUGGAUGAAAAGUUGGCGAAGAGAUUCCCUAAUCUGAAGGUUAUUGGACCCCUUGUUGUGGACUACUAUGAAAUGAAUGGCUGGGAUAAUUGUUCAGAUAACUCGAGUUCUUCCGAGUACCUGCCUUGGGACUUUGCAGACGACGUGGAUGAUGAGUACAACGAGAUGCUGGAGGACGAUUUCUGGGAGGACGAACUCCCUGUAGAGGACGUUGGGAUGUGGUUUUACUAUGACAUUAACGUUGCGGAUGCUGUUUAUGAUUGGCCCCAGUCUCCCUAAGUUGGUAUCUGCAUCUUCUGCUUUGUGAUGAUACAUGUCAUGUUAGUCUGCCAGCUUUGAAUGUGUGUGCUUUGUAAUACAUCUAAGUGUGUGAGCUUUGCAAGGUAUAAAUGUGUAAGGAACUAUUUGGCCUAAUGAAAUAAAAAUCAGUUGCUUAUUCCUA